GAUGUAGCUGAAACGAAGGAGGAGACUGCUUUGCGGCGGUAGCAGUCUAUGACCGUCUGUUGAUUGACUUGGAGCCGAGCAAUCAGUGUGUGGAAAGCAGAUGCAGAACACAAUGAUUGGUGCUGAGUCUCGAGUAAGCGAGUGUGAUGACCAUCAGCGGCCAAAGAGGAUAGAUAAAAGGUCUGUGGAUGUUCCAUGGUCUCAGCUGACGAGCUUCUUCAUCCAUAACUUGAAUGAACUCUGCCUUUUGAACUCCUCCCUGAAACGCGAUCGCAUAACCUUCCCAUCCGUUGAAGCAAAGGUGCCAGUCGUCAAGCGAGGCAGCAGACCUGAGAUCUCGCUACUCAUGGACUCUGAGGGUGAUUCUGGCAGAGCGGGCGUGAUGUUGAUCUCCCCAACAAGCUUGUUCAUGCUUUGUGUCCUGUGUAUGUUGACCGGAAUUCAAGAACGGCAAAUAGAGCGUGAAUGCGAGACAACACGCUGGGACUUGAGCUCGAUGGAUUUGUUUAUUGAGAGCUGCCUUGCUUGCUAUUGGUCUUUCUACUAUGGAUGAGCGAGGGAAGGUAAACAAGAGGAUAGAAAGUACUCGGAGCUCGUUAUCAAGAGUCACUCGCGAAUCGUUGAAAAGAAGGAACCGCGGGAG